AUGUCUGCAGCAUACGUUCCUGGCCGUCUCGACGGUAAAGUCGCCAUCGUCACUGGCUCUGGUCGCGGAAUUGGCGCCGCUGUCGCUAUUCACCUGGGAAAGCUUGGAGCCAAGGUUGUUGUCAACUACGCUGCUUCCAAGACACACGCCGAGAAAGUUGUCGCGACGAUCAAGGAGAACGGAUCUGAGGCCAUUGCACUUCAAGCUGACGUGCGUAAUGUCUCCGAGACAGUCAAGCUUUUCGAGGCCGCUGUCGCACACUUCGGUCACCUAGACAUCGCUGUCAGCAAUGCAGGUGUUGUUAGCUUUGGCCACUUCAAGGAUGUCACCGAGGAGGAGUUUGACCGGGUUUUCAACCUCAACACACGUGGCCAGUUCUUCGUCGCACGCGAGGCUUACAAGCACCUUAGCGAGGGAGGCCGCAUUAUCAUGACGUCGUCCAACACUUCCAAGGACUUCAGCGUACCAAAGCACUCCCUCUACUCGGGUUCCAAGGGCGCCAUCGACUCGUUUGUGCGCAUCUUCUCCAAGGACGCCGGCGACAAGAAGAUCACCGUCAACGGCGUGGCACCUGGCGGCACAGUCACAGACAUGUUCCACGAUGUAUCCCAGCAUUACAUUCCUGGAGGCGAGAAGUUCAGUCCAGAGGAGCGCCAGAACAUGGCCGCUCACGCUUCGCCAUUGCACCGCAACGGAUGGCCAGAGGAUAUUGCCAAGGUUGUGGGUUUCCUUGCCAGCAGUGAGGCCGAGUGGAUCAACGGAAAGGUCCUGACAUUGGACGGAGGUGCGGCCUAG